AUACACUACAUAUACUUAUUGAAAGCAGAGACGGUUCAGAAAGUGUGACUUGUUGGUUGUUUAAAGAACAACUUUGUUAAAAGUGAAAAGUCGUGAAGUACGCAGCUGUGACGUCACGUGUCUCGCGGAGCUACAAUACUUUCACUUUCAUUUAUCCGGAAGACGAAAAAGCUGCGUUCAAAUUGUAGCCAAGUAAAGGAAGAAGACUAAAGUCAAGAUGUCAGGCAAUGGAAUGGAGGAAUCGGAGCCCAUGGAAUGUGAUGACCCUAGUGGCAAUUAUAUCCAGCCGAAUCCAACACCUCUUGAUAUGCCUGCUGAGGACGAAGAUGAGGUUCAAGUCACACUCUCAUUUAAGUGGUCAGAAGAUGUUUCAAAGAAGAAAUGUCGUCGAGAACUGGAGAUGGUUCUUCAAACUUGGGUCAACAACAACGACAAUUACACUGGAAAUUGCAAAGUUUUAGAAGUCCUAGAAGAUAAUAGGGCUGUGAUACAUCUUAAACCUGCUCCAGCCCUGAGAGCGCUUCAGAAACUGAGUGGAGAACUACUGAAGGGGAAAGAAGGGAAAACAGUCACAAUAACGUCUAUUAGUUUGACGCCGCUAGAGGUUGAGACACAAAUAUCAAAGGCGUCAAUGAACCUUCCUCCAUCAUCCUUGACACAGCCACAAGAUGUGCAGCAAGUGCCACUGGGGAAGCAGAGUAGUGCAGUUUCUACAACAGGAGAGGAUAAAUGCACUCUCCCAGUGGGCCAUUUCUGGUACGUGAACCACAUCUACAAGGAGGAAAUUCAACGUAUAGAGAAAGAGAAUGACGUUAAACUUGAGGUGGAAGUCACAAUGACAUUUCAAGGAGACCAGAAAGAUGGAGGUCCACAAAAAGCUCUCUCUGAGUUCACAAACCUCGUCCAGAAGUGCUUAGGUGAUUCAGAUAGCUCAACUUUGCCACUAAAGGACGUAAAUCCAGAAGAGUUUAAAGACGUGAUGAAAAUCUUCCUGAGAAAGGAGGACAAGCUUUUGCUUACUCUUUCCAAUGAAGAAAUGACCAUAUGUGGGCCAAGACCAAGACAAGAUGCCCUCAGAAAGUCCUUAAAUGCAACACAGAAAAUGUUAAAUAUCAGCCCUUCUUCUGGAGAGUCUACAGACGCAUCACUGAACAUUGGCAUGGACAUCAAAGACCCUCUCAGUGAUGGACUACCCAUGGAGGAGAGUCGCUGGAAGCUGAUGAAUACUUCCUACGAUAAGGAAGUAGCUAAGAUCAAAACUAAGUUUGGUGUUGAUUUUAAAGACUCCGGCAUUAGUCAAGGCCACAUUGAAGUCAAAGCGUGCUACCAAAGACCUGCAGGAAACGUGUCAAUGGAGAGCCACGCUCUCAGAGCUCUUCUUCAUCUGUACCAGAAGAUUGCCACAUCACCCUUUGGAUUCAUCCAACUCGAUGGUGCCACUGGGUUCACUGGUUCAUCAAAGGACUUGAGCAAUGUUCAUGAGUCAGAGGAAGCCUCCGGUGGACCUGUGUUGAAUGGACAAUCGGGAAACAACACUGAUGCACCAACAGGAGGGGGAGCAACAGCGGGAGAUGACGAAAAAGAAAACUGUACUAUAUGCAUGGAUACAUUUACCAAUAAGAAACAGCUUAGGUGUAAACAUGAGUUUUGUGAGGCAUGCCUGGACAACUUAAAGAAAAGCAUAGGACCCAUCUGUCCUAUUUGCAAAGAUGUCUUUGGUAUGAUGAAGGGAGAUCAGCCCGAUGGAAAAAUGACAUACUAUUCCAGUACCGUACCCCUCCCUGGAUUCUCAGACUGCGGCACUAUAGUCAUCAACUACGAUAUUCAAAGUGGAAGACAGACGCAUUCAAAUCCUGGACAGUACUUUACUGGUAUUAACAGAACAGCAUACCUGCCAGACAACAAUGAGGGCAGAGAAGUGCUGCACCUGUUGGAGAAAGCAUUUGACCAGAAGCUCAUUUUCACUGUUGGUACGUCCAGAACAACCGGGAGGGAUAACCAGGUGACCUGGAACGACAUUCACCACAAGACCAACACUACAGGAGGAUCAGACGGUUUCGGGUAUCCUGACCCUGGCUACCUGACCAGAGUCAAGGACGAGCUGAAGGCUAAAGGCAUCGAGUGAAGACUUCUAUACAAAGUUGCUGAGGAGAGUUGUUUUCACACAAAAAUAUUAAGACAAUUAUGUAAAACAAUCAAUUACUGGAAUGCACAUACUUCUGUAUUGCAUACUGUCUCUCUUCUCUUGUAAUUGUUUAUUAUCAGUAAGGGUUGCUUUGAGUUUAUGGUUUAACACGUUUUAUUAUCUUCACUUAUUAAGCAUAACUUUCUUUGAUGAAGGAUUUGCUAAAGAAUUUAGUUGUUUGAUAAAGCUUUUUUAUUUGAAACUGUAUGUAUGACAUUUGCAUAUAUAAAUAGAACUGUAUGUCUACAUUUAAUCUGAUUUACUAUUUGCCAAAUGAUUAAACCAACAUUAAACUGACUCAUCAUAGCAUUCUUCACUAAAUCAGCACGUUGUGAAAAUAAAACACAAAACACAUUGGCUUGUUUUCUGUACAAUUCUUUAAUAUUUAUUUAUAACAAUAUCUGUUAUUUAGUUUGUAAAGUACUCCAGCAAAAAUGAAACAUUACUCUCUUUCCAGAAGAAAGUCUGAGCUUCCAUGCAUCGUGUACUAUAAAAGCUUUAAAAAACAAAACAAACAAGGACUAAUCAAACAAUUGUGAAAAUGCAUGUAUGAUUCAAGAGGGGUGUGUUAGGAAUAGUGUGAUCCAGGCCAAUGGACAGUCUAAGGUUUUGUGAAGGGGAAAUGGUUGAUUUGUCUAAUUAUUAUACAAUGGUGAACAUGUUUUUAUGUGAACAAUGUAUUUAACAGGAAACGUAAUUUGCUUUGUGGCAAUAAACUGCUUACUUCAAAA